AUGGAUGAAAAUGAGCAAAAUGUUACAUUCCUUUACAAGUUAACCGCUGGUAUUUGCGAAAAGUCUUUCGGUAUGAACGUGGCCAGCAUGGCUUCCGUGCCUCAAUCUGUCAUUCGAAAAGCAGAACAAGUAGCCGAAGAGUUUGAAAAGACGCAUCGUCUCAAGGACACAACGUACAACAUGAUGGUAGACGGUGCAGAAACCGAGUCUGUUCCUAUUACCCCCGCCGUGCUUACCGACUUUGCAUACCUGAUGCGGUCAUGCGACCUGGAUGAUAAAGCCGAGGAUAUUGGGGACAAGGCUGAAGAUAUGCUCACAUCCGAAGGCCGUCAAUUACGACAAACUCGUGUCUUGCAACGUAUCUUGAAAGGAUUUUCGCGCAUUGUUCAUUCCACCUAA